AUGAGUGAUACAGCUCAAUCAGCCGGCCGAGCAACAUUGCAGCCGACGGUUUCGACAACAUCGACUGCAUUAAUUCCCACAACAAGCCAGGUAUUGUCUAGCUCCGUAGCGAGCUCGUUGUUGAACUCGCAAGGCGUAACUGACACGGCCAAUUCAACUACGACGCCCGGAACAAAUGCGACGACAAACACAACAAUAUCCGCAGCGACAUCCGCAACGACAUCCGCAACAGCAUCGGGGAUAGCUGCUGCUGUGGCCCCUGGUGUUUCUCCUGGAGUUACCGCGGCAGUUGCUAUAAUAUGCACGAUCGUUGGAGCUGCUAUAGCCUCAAUUAUUUUUCUGAUUCUGCGGAGGCGUUCGAAGUCCAGCCCACACUCAUCGCAAUCUCCAGCUUUACCACAACAAUCUUCCAGAAAGCUGUUCGAUGAACUGCCUCAGUCAGUAGACCACCACGAACUGCGAACGGAUAUAGCCAAUCUGGAGACCUCGAUCAAGAAUUUUGUGGACAACUUCUUUCACGACGGCCCCCUGCAAGAGGUCAACCUUAACAAUACUGCCUUUACUACCUUGACAACCUGGACUCCAUCUGUGUCGAGCAAAGGAUGGAGCAGUCUACUCAUCGAUACAAGAACAAGAAACACUGCCCUGAGAGCACUCAUCGCAAGAGCAAUAUUCGAUCGCAUUCGCCCGACAGGCGAUCCGAAGACAACAUUGCUACCACCAGGCGUGGUUGAGUGCUAUACCAGCAUGAUCUCCAAGCGGAAAGGCGUGAAAGAUCUCGAGAACGCCUGGCGCAGUCUUACAGGAAAGCUGUUGGACAAUAAUCAAGUAUCCGUUCUAACAGACCGCGUGCACGAUGAGCGCCAUCGACAACUAAUGCUCGAUAUCGACCGACCGCUUCGCCAUUUCAGAAACAGAAGGCCGCAUGAUAGAUAUCAGGAGAUGCUCCAAUCUAUCCUACACGAGGGCGCGUUAUUUGGUCUUAAAAUCUUUUCUCAGUUUGAGCGAAUCGAGAUCGUAUGGGAAUCGCCCAGUGGGCGACCUUUGGUUGUUUUCCCACGGGUUACCCAACACAUGAGUACAAACGACAAGGAAUACGCAUCCCCUGUAGAAGUCACGAAGCUGAAGUAUGCAUAA